AAUCAGAUCAACAAAGAAAAAAAGAAACAGAGUAUCAAAAAAUGUCAAUCUUGCUCUGUUUCCUCUGUCUUUUACCUGUUUUCUUAGUUUCCUUAUCAAUUUUCUCAAUAAAACUCAAACCCUCAAAAUGGAAGCUUCCUCCGGGACCAAAGACGCUCCCGAUCAUCGGAAACUUACACAACCUCAAAGGACUGCCACACACAUGUUUUCGAAAUCUCUCCCAAAAAUUUGGACCAGUGAUGCUUCUCCACUUCGGAUUCGUCCCCGUGGUCGUGAUCUCAUCGAAAGAAGGAGCAGAAGAAGCUCUCAAGACCCAAGAUCUUGAAUGUUGCAGCCGACCAGAGACGGUUGCGACAAGAAUGAUCUCUUACAACUUCAAAGACAUCGGAUUCGCUCCUUACGGUGAGGAAUGGAAAGCGUUGAGGAAGCUCGUGGUUAUGGAGCUUUUGAACACGAAAAAGUUUCAGUCUUUCAGGUAUAUAAGAGAGGAAGAGAAUGACUUGUUAAUCAAGAAGCUAACCGAAUCCGCUCUGACACAAUCCCAGGUGGAUCUGAAGAAGACCCUUUUCACGCUAGUCGCGAGUAUCGUGUGCAGGCUCGCUUUCGGGAUAAAUAUUCACAAGUGCGAGUUCGUAGACGAGGACAACGUUGCGGAUCUAGUUAACAAGUUUGAGAUGCUAGUCGCUGGUGUUGCGUUCACUGAUUUCUUCCCUGGAGUUGGUUGCCUUGUCGACCGGUUCUCAGGUCAGAACAAGACACUGAACAAUGUUUUCUCGGAACUCGACAAUUUCUUCCAAAACGUGCUCGAUGAUCAUCUUAAACCUGGAAGAGAAGUAUCAGAGAGCCCUGAUGUUGUUGAUGUGAUGAUUGAUCUGAUGAAGAAGCAAGAGAAAGAUGGAGAAUCUUUCAAGCUCACAACAGAUCAUCUCAAAGGAAUCAUCUCGGACAUAUUUCUUGCAGGAGUAAACACAAGCGCCGUCACUUUAAACUGGGCGAUGGCCGAGCUGAUCAGAAACCCGAGAGUGAUGAAGAAAGUGCAAGACGAGAUUCGGACAACACUUGGGGACAAGAGGGAGAGAAUCACAGAGCAAGAUCUAAACCAACUUCACUACUUCAAGCUUGUGGUCAAGGAGACAUUCAGGUUACAUCCAGCAGCUCCACUUUUGCUUCCAAGAGAGACAUUGUCUCAUGUCAAGAUCCAAGGCUACGAUAUUCCCGCGAAAACCCAAAUGAUGAUCAACAUCUACUCGAUUGCACGUGAUCCAAAGCUAUGGACAAACCCUGAUGAGUUUAACCCUGACAGGUUUCUUGACAGUUCCAUAGAUUACAGAGGACUAAACUUGAGCU